CGCGAGGUUUCGCGAAUCGGUAACGGCGCUCUGGCUUAGCUGCAUUCCUCGCCCCGCGCUAGGCUGUCCUAGGCCUAGCCUUGCGCCCCACGACCCCUCGGACCCCUCCACAACCCCAGACCAUGCGGAACCCUUGUCCGCGGGCUGGCCGUUUUCCCCUGGAAAGUCCAACCUCGGGAACCAGAGGAAAGUGCCGGCACUUGAUCCAUGUUUCCAAUUUCCAACUUCAGAAUGCGCCGGUCACUGACUUCAUCUCUCAACACCACGAUCCACUCCUCACUAAAACAACGGAAAUCGACAAGGGAUACGACACUCGGGCCAACAAUCGAACGGCAAGGGAAAGAAAAGGCGAAGAGACACCACUUGGUCUGCCUCUCUAGAACCACGUUCCGAACUGCGCCAUGGCUCCCGACGACCGCCAUGAUUCGGCGCCUGAUUUGCGCAUAUUGGGCGACCGAAUCACCCUCCAGCCCAGCGGUUUUGUUGAGCCAGAACACACUGGAGAGGGCAAGGAACAGGCUCUCAUGAAGAACAUGGCCCGCUUCCGCUCCGAGCCAUUGCGCUUCCUCCGCGAGGUAUCCCUCUACGUCUCCGGCACCGGCUGGCGCGCCUACGACGACGUCAUUGGCCAGCCCAUCUUCUAUUCGGGCUUCUCAGAGCACAUAAAGUCCGAGAUCAUGUCAGCCACCUUGUUACAGACCAAGAUCACCCAGCUAGCCGACAUGCGCGUCGCCGUCGAGGAGAAGCAGGGCUUGCUGAACAAGAACGACAAGGACUUUGCGACGAAGAAGGCCGAGCGCCGUGCCGUGCUCAUCCAGGGCCUGCAGGAGGUGGCCGAGAAGCUGACGGACAACAUGAUCUGCAAGUUUGACAGCAAACCGUUUAUCCGCGGCGCAUACUACUUGGUGACGCAGCUGCUGCUCAGGGCAUACCAUCAGGGGAUCCACGUGUCGAGCGAGGAGGUAUUGCGGCUGAGGAAAGUCGCUGAGGAGGCGGCGCGGAAGAAGCAGAGUAUCAUCUUCCUUCCAUGUCAUAGGUCGCACGUUGAUUACGUCUCUAUGCAAUUGCUCUGCUACAGGCUCGGAUUGGCCCUCCCAGUCGUAGUGGCCGGCGAUAACCUGAACUUCCCGCUGGUUGGGAGCUUUUUGCAGCACGCCGGUGCUAUGUACAUCCGCAGGUCUUUUGGUGACGACCAGCUUUACACCACUCUAGUCCAAACCUAUAUCGACGUCAUGCUCCAAGGUGGCUACAACCUUGAGUGCUUCAUCGAGGGCGGCCGGUCACGGACGGGGAAGCUGCUCCCGCCCAAAUUUGGCAUCCUCAAUUUCGUUCUCGACAGUCUUCUCUCAGGGCGGGUUGAUGACGCCAUCAUCUGUCCCGUCAGCACCCAGUACGACAAGGUGAUCGAGACCGAGGGCUACGUGACAGAGCUGCUGGGCGUACCGAAGAAGAAGGAGAAUUUGGCAGACUUCCUGUCGGGCGGGUCUAGUAUCCUCUCACUCCGGCUGGGGAGGGUCGACGUGCGGUUCCACGAGCCAUGGAGCUUGAGAGGGUUCAUCAACGAGCAGCUUUCGAGGUUAUCCAAAAUGCCGUCGGCAAUCAACGUCGACUGGAGGGACAUGAAGAACCAAAUGCUCCGCCAAAAGCUGUUGCGGACGCUCGGGUACAAAGUGUUGGCCGACAUCAAUGCUGUCUCGGUGGUAAUGCCCACAGCGUUGAUUGGGACCGUUUUGUUGACCCUUCGUGGGCGUGGCGUCGGGCGAAGGGAGCUCAUCAUGCGCGUGGAGUGGCUGACGAACAGAAUAAGAGCCAAAGGCGGGCGGGUCGCCCACUUUGGCAACGCGCCACUCUCGGACGUCAUCCAGCGAGGUCUAGACGUGCUGGGGAAGGAUCUCGUGGGUGUCGUCGAGGGCCUCCCUGAGGUAACAUACUACGCCGUUGAUCGCUUCCAGCUGUCCUUUUACCGCAACAUGACCAUCCACCUCUUCAUCUCGGAAACCCUAGUCGCAACGGCGUUAUACACACGGGUGAAGCAGGGAGGUGGGCCGCGAAUCCAGGAUAUCCCUUACAGUGACUUGUCCGAUCAAGUCCUGUUCCUGUCAUCCCUCUUCCGCGGCGAGUUCAUUUACUCGGGUGAGGGUCUCGCAGCCAAUCUCGAAAGAACGCUCCUCGGUCUCGAAGCAGACAAUGUCAUCCUCAUUGAGCGGGACGAAGAAGGAAACAUGACCAAGGUUGGCCUCUCCGGCGCGGAGCGGGCUGCUGGGAGGGAGAACUUUGAUUUCUACUGCUUCCUAAUCUGGCCGUUCAUCGAGACGAGCUGGCUGGCCGCUGUCUCGCUAAUGGGCCUCUCCCCGCCACUUGGGCAGAAAGAUGACAUCUGGGUGCAGGUGUCGAAGGCGCAGGACAGCGCGCAGCUGCUCGGCAAAACCCUCUACCACCAAGGCGACCUCUCCUACUUUGAAGCCGUCAACAAAGAGACGCUCAAGAACUCAUACCAGCGCUUCGCCGAGGAGGGGAUCAUCCAGGUGGUCAAGUCCAAGGACGCGCGCAUCCCGCCGCGGCUGCGCAUCGCGCCCGAGUGGCGGCCCGGGCGCGACCCCAAGACGGGCCGGCUGCUGGCGACGGGCCGGCUGUGGGACUUCACCGAGAAGAUCGCGUCGAGCAGGCGGGAGGGCAAGAACAGGCGCGACGGCGCCACCGUGAGCACGCGCGUGCUGCGCCUGACGGACGAGCUCGGCCGGACGUUGUUUGAGGAUGCCAUCGCGGGGGAGGAGGGGAAGGGGAAAGGGAAGGGGAAGGGGAAGGCGGCGGUGCCGGCGAGGUUGAGCAGUGAGGAGGAGAGGAGUCUGAGUCGGAGUGUGAGGGAGCAGGAGAGGAAACGGAAGCUGGAGGGGAGGGCGCAUUUGUAG